AUGAUUUCAGAUGUUUUGAAUUGCGAAUCUGAUACAGAUCCAAAGAACACAAAUGGAAAGGAUAGUAUAAUUGUAUUAAAUGUAAGACAAAAUAAGUACAAUCCAAGUGAAAUAGAAUUUGAAAAUAUCUCCAACUCUGUUCACAGUGAACAAUCAUUCAAUGGAAUCGCUGAUAACGAAUACCAUAACUACAUCGUCAAAUUGGACAGAAAAAAUAAUAUAAAUGAAAUAGAUAAGGAAUUACUUGAAUAUUUUUCACAUUUAAUGAUCAAAUUACAAGCCCUUACUCAAAAGUUGCAAGUAUACCUUGAGGUUGAACGACCCCAGAUGAUUAAACAAAUAUACAACUUUUACGAAGUGCUUAAAGACACGGAAUCAGCUAUUAAUGAGUCCCAAGAUUUAUCCUUGAGAAAACAACGAAUUUCUGAAUUAUACGAUCUAUAUAAUGAGAAGUAUAAGAAUUACGAAACGUAUGUUAAACAGUUACCUAAUGAUUUCUCCCAAAUACAAGUUAAGAUAAUCGAAUUCAUUAAGACAAUUCUACAUCAAUUGCUGAAUGCAAUAUUGUAUGUAGAGAAGAAGAAUUCGUUUGACAAACAGAUCAAUCAAGCUUUUGAAAUACACCUUAGAUCUUGCAUUGAUAGAAUAAGUACAGCUCUUCAAGGUGCUGGAGACCGACGUAUACAAAUAAUUGAAGAAAUAGAAAAACAACAACAAGAGCUACAGAAGAAAGAUGUAGAAAUUACUCAAUUGAAGGAAGAAGUAGAAAAACAGUUAUUAAGAAGAGGAGAAGGUGAUGGUCUAUAUUCAGAAGAAAGUAUUGCUGCACUUAAAGAACAAUUAACAAAAUUAGCGACGGAACUUAAUGUAAAAGAUAAGUUUAUACUCAACUUGAGGGAACAACAGGAGGUACUUAGAACUGAAUUAUUCAAAUGUAAUAAAGACUCUAACGUGCUGAAAAUGCAGAACAAGAAUCUUGAUAAUAUUAGAGACAAAUUACUGAAGGAAUGUGAACAGUAUAAGGAAGAACUGGAAAUAAAAAAUAAAGAUGUAAUAAAUUUGACGCAGCAGCUUCAUAAUAUAUUUGAAAUUAAAAAUUUGGAUACUGAGGAAAAGAUCAAAGAAAUGGAAAAGGAGUUGCUGGACUUACAAUUUGAAAACAAUGACUUAAAAAAUAAAAUUAUGCAAGAAAAUAAGAUAAUUUCUAAGAAAGAUGACACUAUAAUACAGUUAAAAAAUCAGGUUGAGAGAAACGAACAUAUCUUGUCGUUUAAAAUUGCAGAACAUAAAAAUGAAAUGGAAGAAAAAUAUCAUGAAAUUGGAAACUUGAAAGAUGAAAACACUUUAUUGAAUAAAAAAUUAAAAAAUGCCGAAAACAGACUAUCAGAAAUGAACCAGACGAUUUUAUCUUUAACCGAGCAAAACGAUAAAAUUGAUGUGAUAUAUUUGUUACAAGAAGAUCUUGUAAAGUUAGACAAAAGUGAGAAAAAAUUGAAGACUGAGUUAAACAAUUUAAAAAUGCAACUUACAAACGACCAAAAUAAAGUUAAAAAACUAGAUAAUAGCUUAAAUGAAUUCGAACGCGAAAAUGAAAAUUUGAAAAAGAAUGUAGAAUACUGGAGAAGUGAAAAUUCCGUAUUGUCGCUUAAGCUCUCUACUGAAGAAUCCGAAGAAAAAUUAAGAAGCAAAUUAUACACUCUCUCCAGUACAAUACAUGAAAGACUAUUAAAUUUUAAUAAAAAAAUCAAUUUAGAAAAACAUGCAUCAAACGAGCAGUCUGAUGACAGCCUGAAAUCCAAAUAUUUAAUAUAUCAAAAUUUAACGGAAGAAUGGAAAUCAAGGGGGAAUCAAAAAAGAGAAAUAAAAGAAAACGAGGUAGAAAAUGCUCAGAACCAGCAACUAAUAAACAGUACAAAUAUAAAGUAUUCUUCCGAUGAUAGUUUAAAUAUACGAUACAAUACGAAUCACCUAAAAAAUGGAGAUAUAGAAAAUCAGAAUGAAACAAAAAAUCUUCGAAAUGAUAUGGAAAUUAAAGAUUCAGAAAUGAGGAAUCUUGAAGAUGCAAUAAGCCGUUUAACACAAGAAAACGAUGAUCUACGUGUUCAUAUUAAAUUUCAAAUACAGGAAUAUCAAGAUAAGUUAACAUUAAUGAAAAAGAAUUAUGACAGCAGUUUGAAUGCACUUUGUAAAAGACACAAAGAAAGUGUUGGUACCUUACAAAAACGAUUUGAAGAUAUAAUAAAGGGUGAAAGGACAUUUGAUUCAGAAAAUUGGUUACAAUCGUUGGAUAUUAAGAAAUUAACAGAACUUUAUGAACGAAUAACUAUGGUUAUAAAUAACAACUCAAGUUUCAUUCAUAUGAAGAAUGAAAAUCAACGUUUUUACGAAAAUGAUAUGCAGAAGGAAUUUUAUAAGGAUCUUAACGAAACAGAAAAAACUAUACAUAAAAAUAUAUGCGAGAAAGAUGUGUCAAAUAAAAUGGCCUCGUCAAUUUUAAGAGAACAAAAUACUUCGUACUUACAAAAUCAGUGGCAAUUUAUUAUUUCAAGUCAAACUCAGAAAUAUCCAAUACAAACAGAAGACUACAAAUUAAAUCUACAACAAGAUUUUGGGCUUUUUGAUGAUAGAAAAUUACCACGGUUAGAAAACAAACAUGAAAAAGAAAAAGAAGCAGUCAAAAAUAAUACACUUGAUCAACAGAGAUGGAGUUUUAUUAAUCAGUGUAGUGCAUAUCACAAAAUGAGCAAUGCUGUUCAAGAUCCGUUCAUAUAG